AUGUCGCGAGAACACCCAGCCACUGUCGCACCCGAAGAGGUUCACCGCACCUUGAGGGAUCUUGAAUCGCAGGCGUCCUAUCGGCGCCGGUCCUAUCAGCGCCCUUCACCACUUGCCAGAGUCCCCCACGAUGAGAUCCUCCGUGUCUUGCGAGACAUGGACCGCCAGCGCACCGAAGACCGAACCCGCCGCCGUGAAGCUCAAUCCCGAUAUACCGCACAGACGCCGCCGCCUGCCACUCCAUCACCGAAACGACCUAGACAAGAAACCGUUCAACUUCAACGAGACUCUGUCGAAUCCAUACUGCAUCACUACAACGCCACUUUCCGCGUCAAGGAGCAGGCAUCAUCGACAAGAUCCUGGUGCAACGAAGUUCCGGUUGCCCUCCAGGUAGAGGCUGCUAAAUCUUUCUACCAAGCGUUUACCGAGGAACGGACGUUGCCGGUUUCCCACUGCGUCUUCUGCUAUAAGAAGACACCGCCUUGCGAACUCGCCACCAUGCAGUGGAGGGGUCGCUUAUCGCCCUCCAUGUCGCAGGCGACCAGGACUAUCCAAGAGUGUGGCACGUGCCUUCCGUCACACGAGGGCGCCGGAGUUGAUGUGUGCCGCGAGUGCCGCGUCAGCUUCGACAGGGGACGGCUGCCCAAGGCCUGCUCGGUCAACAACAUGGCCAUCGGUUGUGAGCAUCGGUACCCCGACGAGCUUGAUGACCUCUCUCCCGUCGAAGAGAGACUCAUUGCCCUGCAUGCGCCUUUUGGCUAUAUCACCAAGUUCACGGUCGACAACAAGACCCGUUCGGGAAUCAGUUACCGCAAGCACGUGAAGGGACAUAUCGUCGUCUUUCCGAACAAGGUGGACGAUCUGGUGGCCACGGUUCUACCUCAUCCCUUGCUGCAGGCCAUUGAGAACAUCCACGUCUCUUGGAGCGGUUCGGGCAAGCCUGGCUCCGCAGACGUCAGACACCUGCUUCAGGUGCGCAAAUCUCGAGUGGCAGCUGCCCUGACAUGGCUGCAAAGGAACAACCCACUUUACGAGGAUAUCGCAAUCAACCAAGCAGAGAUGGACGGCUGGCAGUAUGCCGACGGCUCCAGUGUCCCGACUCUCAUCAUGGACCGCAUGCGAAGAGAGGAACCGUCGACCGUUGAGAAGACACAAACGGACCACAUAGUCCCGGACACUGAUCGAGGCUUGGAGGAAAACAACUUCAGAAGCAUCGAUGAACUGGUGAACUCGAUUAAUCCCACUCUUGCGGCUGAAUCUUGCGAUUUAGACUGUACUCUGUCCACUGAGCAGACUCAACCAUCCCCUGGUGAGCCGGCGACUCUUGUCCCCGACUCGGCUGUCAUCGGCCUGGAAGUUGACACCGUCUGUGAGAUGUCUACGUCCGGCAUGUUUCCCCUCGACGGACCGGCUGCCUUCGCGGAUACCGAUAAGCUGUCGUUUCUGGCCGAUAUCGUCAACGCCAAUCCGGAUCGACAUGGCAACUCUGUGCCACUUGAGCAAGCCUAUGCGAACUUGACCGAGGACCGACUGAAGAGAGCCGAGGCGGAGAUGCGGGAGACGAGGACUACGUCGGACCCCGACGUAUCGGUCUUGCUUCGCGAGCUGUCGAUUUUCGGUCAUGCACAGCCGCUCUCGAACGAAUCCCGUUUGCUUAUGCGGAGGAAGAUCCAAGCUCUGGACAUCCGCGCCGGUAUGCCUGCAAUCUGGAUUACCAUCAGUCCUAACGACAUAAAUAAUCCGGUGAAGAUGAAGCUUGCUAUUCACCGGCUCCACGAUUAUGAGUCUGCAAAGGAACUUUUGGCCGAUCUCCGUGAAAAGUACGACAGAAUCGCCCUCAGCACCAUGGAUCCGGUCAGCUCGGCCAUCUUCUUCCACCGAGAAAUAUCCCUAUUCUUUGACAAAUACGUGAAUACAGGCCGGGAAUCGAUCUUUGGCAAUAUUAGCCACUACUACGCCACGGUGGAAACGAACGAGCGAGGCAGCCUCCACUUGCAUGGACUCCUCUGGCUGGACGGGAACAUGCGGUUACCGAACCUGAUGGACGACAUGGCCAACCCCGCGGAAGGAGCAUACCGUGCCCAAGUGAUCCGAUACGUAGACUCCGUCUUUCAUGAGUGUCUAGAUGAAGAUGCUGGAAAGGCCGUGCGACAACAGAGGAAGCCUAUCCAUCCCGUGGAGGAGGUCAUGACCAGCACCUCGGCUCUUAGUGCGGCCUUCGAAGACGAAUCCAACUUCAUCGCGUACUAUUGCCAAGUGCACUCCCACACGUACACCUGCCUUAAGUAUUCUCUGAAGGGUAUCAUUGAACAAGGUGCGAAUCCACAGAGACGAACGGCCUGCCGCUUCAAAGCACCGUGGAAAAUCGUCGACGAGACGGGGUUCACAGACGACGGCUUGCUUCAGAUCCGGCGCAACCAUCCACUCGUCAAUCGGUAUAACAAGUCAUUGGCGGUCGGCCUUCGCCAUAAUCACGACGUCUCGAUGAUCUUGACCAAGACCAAGGGCCUGGCCAUGGUGUACUACAUCACGAACUACGCCACCAAACUGGAUACGCCGAUGUGGAAACGCAUUUAUUGCAGCACGUCGGUGCUGUAG